UGGCCAAUGCAGCACAAGACAGGAACGGCGGAAGGCAUUUUUUUAAACCGGGAAAGACAUGGUGGCGCCCGUUCUCCUCUUGUCCCUGGUGUGGGCGGCCGGUUACCCCGAGACGGUGCGGGGCAAAGUGGUGCAGGAUUUCAAGGAGUGUGGCUGGUUCUUUCAGAACAAGAUCCCGCCGCAGGGAUUCCUCGGCAGAAGCCGGCUCAGGAUCUGUCAGCGCUUCAAGAACCACUAUCACUUCGCCACACUGUACCGGACAGACGUGCGGAUCCCGGUGUACUCCGCCUACAGGUACCCCUGCUCCAUGGGAGAGAGCGAAGCUUACAGACCCAGUCCUUGGUUUCACGAACCGCAGAUCGACAACCAAAAUGCGGGCAAUGAUAUGAGAAGCAGCACAAAGGCUCGCAGCACCAAGCAGGCGACGGAUGCAGAUUACCAGGAUUCGGGGUAUGACCGGGGACAUCUCUACCCUUUCGCACUGAACGACAAAGAGAGCUCGACGGCUACCUGCACCUUGACCAACGCGGUGCCCGAGGAGCACGGCGCCAACGUGAAGUGGUACCAGGAGGUGGAGGCUGUGGCGGAAAGGUUGUCGCGGGUGUGCCGCAAGUCGGGCCGCACCAUGUACCUGCUGACUGGCGCCGCCAACCCCACCAGGACCAAGAUCAACAACAAGGUGUCGGUGCCCAGGACAGUGUGGACAGCUCUCUGCUGCACCGCCUCGCCGGACCACAACCGCGACCCCUGCCUCGGUGACCGUACGCCGCCGGAGGGGCAGGACGUGCUGGUGUACAACCGCGACUUUUCCUUCGCCUUCAUGAAGGAGAUGAAACCCGAGCGGGCCGCAAAACACCUGACCGUGAGGGAGUUGCAGAGGAAACUGUCGGUGGAUUCUCUCUUCAUUAGCUGCAGGGGGACGAGCGACAACGACGAACGGCAAACUUUCGAGGAAGUGGAAGGAUUGAUUGAGAAUAAAAUAAUCAAUCCCCUUAACAACACGGGCAGCCCCGCACUCCGGCCGUUUGGCUAUGAAGCAACCGCGGUCAUCUUCCGAUCCGUUUAUACUUACCUGCUGGUUCCCGGUCACAGCGCCUUCCUCGCCGUGUCCCAGGGCACGUUGCUCCUCGCUCCAGUCUUGCACGGAGCCGCCACGGUGGCUGCGCUUAUCCUUGUCAAUGCCUUUAGUGUACUCAUCAACAAUCCCCGGGAUUAGCUUGACCUGACUCCACUGGGUUAUCUAUCAGCAUGCUCAUGCGUUGAUCCUGAUCAUUAAUCCUCACAAUCAACACGUCUAUUCCCGUCCCGGUCCCUGUCCCCCGGCUAAAGGGUAGAAUGGCUCGAAGGGCCGAAUGGCCUACUCCUGCACCUAUUUUCUAAAGGUUGCCAGUGUUAUUGCAUUUCUCAGCCGGCGAUCUUUCUCCAGCGCAGUGGGGAGUGUGCAGCUCUUCCUUCACGCAGGCUUCCAGGAUCUCAACACUGCCCUGCGGCCAACUGCCAAACAAAAAAAGUCCUCAGCGAAGAUAGACACAAAAAGCUGGAUGGAGUAACUCACUCAGCGGGACAGGCAGCAUCUCUGGAGAGACGGAAUG